GUGGUGUCGCCCUCUCUUUAAAUGACCCCUCACUACCAAAACACAUCCAGCUGGAAGCUGAUCAAUAGACGGCCCUGCCAACAAGAUGACAUUACGGUUUGAGGCAUCCUGUCCUGAUGGUCUAUGUCCAGGAUGGAGUAUCAUCCUGAAAGGAGAGACCCCAGCAGAAGCCAGCAAGUUUGAGAUCAAUUUCCUGUGUGACCACGAUGACAGAAUAGCCUUCCAUUUAAACCCACGCUUCACUGAGUCGGAUAUCAUCUGCAACUCCUACAUGGCCAACCACUGGGGGCAGGAGGAGAGGUGCAACAGCUUCCCCUUCGGGAUAGAAGAGCCUUUCCAGAUUGAAAUUUACUCUGACAAUGAUAACUUCCAUGUUUACAUUGACGAAACCAAGGUAAUGCAGUAUAAACACCGUGUGGACGACCUGAAGACCAUCACGAAAGUACAAGUGGUGAAUGAUGUCAAUAUCUCCUCUUUAGAAAUGACCAAAAAGCAUUUUUACUAAGUGGUGGGCUGGAAGGCCAAGCAGAUGAUUCAUAUGGAGUGAACCUUGCGUUUGUUUAUGGUGGGUUAUUGUU